UAAAUAACAAUAUUUGAAUAUCUCAUAAGAGUUCAUAGAAAAAAUUACUAUGGGUUGUACGAAAACUUUGGUGACUUGUUUCCUUGUAAUAAUAGUUGCAACUUCGUUCUCUAACCACAAAGUUUUGGCUUCAGAUGCAGGGAUCGAAGGUUUUCAAAUUGACAACUGCAAUACUAGGUGUUACGGGCGGGAUGAAUGUAUGAACUACUGUAUUAGAGCUGGAUUUCCAAAAGGUGGACAGUGUGGGUCUCUUUGUAUUCCAUGUGGUUUCAAAUGUUGUUGCCAAAAGUAAUACAAACUUAUAUGCACACUCUCUCUCAAAAUUUAUGAUUCUAGCGUUGCAUUUAUUUUCUCUAAGUUAUUGGACUUAAUUUGUAUCUUGUUUUUACAAAUAAAUGCCAUAAAAUAAAA